AUGGCGACACCGUCACUUCUCUGCGCGAACUGCAGCCCAGACGGGGCCAGUUGUCAGAACACCGGCAAAUCCAGCUGCGCCAACUGCCGCCUAGUCGUCUACUGCAGCUCCAAAUGCCAGAGGGCUCACUGGCCCAUUCACAAGAUCCACUGCAAGUCGUCCUUGAACAGCGAUUCUUGGAAGCCUCAAUGGAACGUGCAGAAUCGAACUCCAAUUUUUGCCCCAGGCACCCAGAUCCCACCCCAAGAUCGCUCGGGAGGGGAUACUUGGAUCUUGGGGAGUGUGCCAGCUCUCGACGUUCUCAAGCUUGGCGCCAAUGAAGGAGAAUCCUACAGAGGGAAAUUGUCUCUUCUCUUCGCUGCCUCUGGCGAUCUGCGAAACGUCGUCAAGACCAUCGCUCAACUUCCUCCAGGCUGGGAUCAGCCCAUGGACAUCACCAUUAACGAUCGUGACCUGAACAUCGUCGGGCGAAAUGCAAUCAUUCUUCUUAUUGCUCUCACAUCUGAUGACGACACUCAAGGUGUCGACUGCAUUAUCCAUACGUGGUACUCGACCUUCAUCCGCAAGUCUGAUCAGGCCAUCAUUGAACAGCGCAUUCGUCCGCUCAUCAAGGCAGUCUGCGACAAGACCAAGGGCAAGCCUGACGACCGCAUGUUGGGCAAGACUUGGGUAUUCGGGAAGCGAUCUCUCAGACUGGUUCUCUCCAAGGGGGCUUGGGACAAGCUUCUGUCCUUCGUCAGCGUCCAUGACGGUUUGACCAUGGAGAUAGCGAACCAAUUUCGAAAAGCCGGGACUCUCGCCGAGUCCCAACGUGACUUUCUGGAUCGUGAUUACGUACUCAUCCUACCCUCUCAUCGAGUCGCCAAGCAGCGAUACCGUGAAGAUGGAGUCCUUCAGCCCUUUGGGGCGGGACGCAACGAGUUUACCGUCCCGAACACGACUCUCUUCCAUGUUCCAUUCUCAUGGCCGAUGGAGUACUCUUGCGAGCCACUCGACGGGUGGCCUGCGAAAGACGUUGAAAUGACUCAGUAUGGACCGGCAACGUCCGACAUUUAUGGGAGGCUCUUCACUUAUCUUCGUUCGGUGCUUAAACACUUCAUGUCCCGUAUUGAGGACAAAAACAUCAGCUUCCAGCUAACCCACCACAAUGCUAGCGAGCUACUUGAUCAACUGAAGAAGGGGUCAUUUGAUCGCAUUGAGGUAUCCAAUCUUUCGGACAAGGCUUAUAUGGGCAUCAAUCUCACGGUCGCCGUGAUGGCACCUUUGCUUCGCUCAUCUACAGCCAAUCCUCAUGCAACACUUAUCACCCGCUUCAUGAACGCCAUCCAAGAGAAUAUGACAAGUGAGGAUCGUCUUGGGAUGGACAAACUUGACGAAGUGGUGGAAGCCCUUGAAGGUUAUCUUCCCGAGCCUUCGCUUCCUACUACAACCUGGGAUCUCGUCGUCAUCAAGUAUAUCCAUGCUUCGGAUUUGGUCCGAACUUUCGACCAUGUUUUCGACAAGAUUGCACGAAAACUUGAGUUCAACAAGUUUCCGGAAUUCAUGAAGGUCGGGAUCAAAGACCAGCACACCAUCAUUGACAAAUGGCCUUUUAGACUCAAGCUCAAGCCUGGACACCAAGGUGCACAGAAGGAGUUUGAUCGCAUGAUGGGACCGGGACUGAGUGGAAAGGAGUUCUACUUGGAGUGGAAAAGGGUCUAG